AUGAGCAGCAGGACAAAGCGCAGGGCAGCAGACAAGUCUGUCAGCUCACCUCUCGCCAAGCUCAGAGCCGCAAGGGCUGCAAGAGAAUCCGGCAUCUCUCGCAUUCAUCAAUACGAGGUCGAGGAAGCUGAAGUAAUCUAUGAUGAGGUGGACGACGACGACCGAGUGAGCAAAAGACUGCGACAGGAGCACGACGAUUUUGUGGACGAUGACGACGGCAGUGGAUACGCCUAUGACGACGAAGACGAAGAGAGAGUAUACUACUCGGACGAAUACCCAGAAGAACGAACCGGCAAAGGGUCGAAAAAGAACGGAAAGGGAUCUGCGCCGGCAAAGGACGUUCCAAAGCCCAAAGCCAAGGAGAACAUCAGAGAUGCAUUCAUGAAAGCAGGAGCCCAGCCCAGAGUUAACAAACCAGUGGUGUCGAAAAGGACUACAGAUGACGACGACUUCAUGGCGGCACUUCUCCAGGGUAUGGACCCCGGUACUGCAACCACCCCUACAAAGAAGGUGGUAAAGCCAAACAACAGAGUUGCUGUUCAGACACCUACGCGCGCUCUGAUCUCCAAGCUAGGACCCCUGAAGAUCAAGGAUGAGGAGGUGGAUGAGCCCCCACAAAACCUGGCUUCGAAGGUUCAGGAGACAGACUACGAUGACUUUGGUGACAGCUAUGAUCUGGAAGAUUCUUCUUGGGCAGACACAGAAGUCAAAAAAGAAGUCCAAAAGGACGUCAACCCGAUAAUCAAGACUGAGCCCAAGGACAACAACCCCUUCCAGGUUGACGAGGACGAUUACUCACCGCCGGUUAUGAAGGAGAUCAACAUCAAAGGUUUCAAGGCUCCUAUGUCACUUGUGAACGAUUCUAGCAAGAAGGAGAAGGCGACCGUUGUGAAGCAACCGGACAGCGACAGUCGACAGAACUGGAUGACCGUCGAUAACGACCUCAACCAAUCUACCUCCGAGACCAAGGUAGAACCCGACAUGGCCGUAGAUGUUCAUGAUUCCAACAUCAAGGAGGAAGACGGCACACUGCGGAUGUACUGGAUCGAUGCGUGUGAAAUUCGAGGAGUCGUCUACUUAUUUGGCAAGGUUCUUCAAAAGUCAACCAACACAUACGUCAGCUGCUGUGUGGCGGUUCACAACAUGGAGCGCAACCUUUUUGUUCUUCCACGUUCUCACCGUGUCGACUCUGAAGGCAAGAAGACGAAUGUCGAGGUUGAAAUGGCUGAUGUUUAUACAGAGUUCGACAGCAUCCGCCAGUCACACAAGAUCACGUCUUGGCUCUCAAAGCCAGUCGAGAGAAAGUACGCCUUUGAACUCCCGGGAAUUCCAUCAACAGCCAAGUACCUGAAAGUGGUUUACAAAUACUCUCUUCCAAGUUUGCCUACCGAUCUUAAAGGCGAAACCUUCAGUCAUGUCUUUGGAGCCAACACUAGUGCUUUGGAGCACUUUAUUAUUAAGCGCAACUUGAUGGGACCAUGUUGGCUUGAGAUCAUUCAGACAAAGACGAACAACACAAAGGUUUCGUGGUGCAAGGCGGAGUUCAUCGUGGACAACGAAAAGUAUAUCAAGCCCAUGAAUGAAUCAUCCGACUUGCCACCACCGCCACUUGUUGUGAUGUCGCUGAGCAUGAGAACCGUAAUCAACCCCAAAGACAAGACAAACGAGAUAGCCUCUGUCAGCACUUCCGUUUACCAUGAAGUUCGCCUGGAUGACCCGGUUGAAAGUAGCAGGAGAAAUGUUUCCAAGCAGACAUACAUUCGACCUCUCACAACCAGCCCUUUCCCUGUAGGCUUUGAUCGGGUUGUGGAAAGUAGCAAGGUCAAGAUCCUCAAGCAGCCCUCGGAGCGUACGCUACUCAAUCUGCUGCUGGCCAACAUUUUCAGGACCGACCCGGACGUGAUUGUUGGACACAACUUUGUCGGCUUCGAUCUGGACGUGUUGCUUCAUCGUAUGAAGCACACCAAAGCGGACCACUGGUCUCGUGUUGGACGACUUCGUCGUACAGUCUGGCCAAAACUUCAAACGGGAGCAGGAGGCAUGGGCGAUACUACAGCACAGGAAAAGAACAUUGUUUCAGGAAGACUCAUGUGCGACACGUACCUUGGGGCUAAAGAGCAUGUUCGAGCCAAGAGUUACUCGCUUACAAACCUCGUGGCAAUGCAACUGGGCGUCAACCGCGAGGAUAUUGAAUACGAACGAGUGCCCCAGUACUUCAACAGUGCCGACGAUCUUGAGCGCAUGCUGCGUCAUUCUGACUUUGACACCUAUCUAUGUGCCGAGCUCAUGUUCAGCCUCCAGCUCUUGCCUCUCUCCAGGCAGCUCACAACCCUCUCCGGCAAUCUGUGGUCCAUGACACUGACUGCCGGUCGUUCGGUCCGAAACGAGUACCUGUUGUUGCACGAAUUCCACCGGAACAAGUACAUUUGCCCCGAUAAGUCCUUCUACAAGGACAAGGAGGUUUCCAUAAUCAACGUUGACGCCGAUGAUGCAGACGAGGCAGCAGCGCCCAAAAAAGGAUCCAAGCGCAAGCCUCAGUACUCAGGAGGUCUGGUCUUGGAACCCAAGAAGGGUUUCUAUGAUCAGUAUGUUCUUCUUCUGGACUUCAACAGUUUGUAUCCGUCAAUCAUUCAGGAGUACAACAUUUGCUUCACAACGGUCAAGCACGACAGUGAAAAGGAUGAUGACACACUCCCGGAGUAUCCUGAGGAAGGACUCCCACAAGGAAUUCUCCCCAAGCUGCUGGCCCAUCUCGUCGACCGCAGACGGGAGGUCAAGAAGCUGAUGAAGGCCGCCUCUGGCGCCAAGUAUGAGGAGUACGACAUUCGUCAGAAGGGUCUCAAGUUGACUGCCAACUCUAUGUAUGGUUGUUUGGGCGCUGCCUAUUCUCGUUUCUACGCCAAGCAGCUGGCUAUGCUUAUUACUUCAAGAGGACGCGAGAUUCUGCAGAACACGGUCGACCUGGCCACAGAGAGUGGACUUGAUGUCAUUUACGGAGACACGGAUUCGAUCAUGAUUAACACCAACACGACCAAGAUUGAGGAGGUUAAGCCUGUUGCCGAGAAUCUGAAGAAGAUUGUCAACGCGCGAUACAAGCUGUUAGAGAUUGAAAUGGACGGCAUGUACCAACGAAUGCUGCUUCUUAAGAAAAAGAAGUAUGCUGCGCUGAUGGUGGUUGAGAAGAAUGGGAAGUACGAGACUAUUGUUGAGACAAAGGGUCUUGAUAUGGUCCGUCGCGACUGGUGUGGCCUGAGUCAAGACGUCUCAAACUACGUCUUGACGCAGAUUCUCUCCAGCGACAACCAAGAUCGCGAGCACGUCGUUGAGAACAUUCACAAUUAUCUCCGUACGGUUGGCGAAGAGACCCGAAAAGGACUCAUUCCCAUGGACAAGUUCGUGGUCAACAAGGGAUUGACGAAGGCACCUGAAGACUACGCUGAUGCCAAGUCCCAGCCUCAUGUACAGGUCGCCCUUCGUCUAAAGCGCAAAGGAAUCAGCAUCAGAGCGGGCGAUACCGUCCCAUAUGUGAUUUGUGUUCAUGACGACGCACCAGUGUCAAAGGGGGGCUACGCUGACCGCGCAUACCACCCCGACGAGGUGAUGGCUCCAGGCUCUGGCCUCACCAUUGACUACGAGUACUAUCUGAACCAGCAGGUGCACCCUCCCUUGGACAGACUGUGUGGUCCUAUCGAGGGCACGGAUGCUUCCAGAUUGGCCGACUGUCUUGGCUUGGAUACUUCCAAGUUCAGGUCAGUGGUUCGCUCUGACACUCAAGAUCAAGAAAUGCAGACCCUUGGUUCUCAACUUUCGGAUGCGGAGCGAUACAAGGAUGCGGAACCUCUUGAGCUGUGCUGCAGGGGCUGUCGCUCGACUUUUACGUGCUCGUCCCUUAUAAUGGAGAAGGGUGGGUUGUUUGUGAUGACCAAGGAUGCCGCAACAGAACAAGAAUGGUCAGCGUUGUGGGUCGGAGGUGUCUUGUUGAAGGAUGCAGAGGCAGCAUGCACCGAGAGCGGUCUGUACACGCAGCUGUCGUUCUUUUGCCACAUCUUUGAUAUCAACAAGACGUUAGAGAAGGUGGACUUUGAACGGAACGGAGUUCUGCGGGUGCAGAUUGAGCAGAACAGGGAACUUGUACGGACCCUCAAGGCGACCGCGGACAAGUACAUUGACAAGAACGCGCGUCGCUAUGUUGACCUCUCGCAGCUCUUCAGCUUUGUCAAGAUUGCCGCCUAG